CGCCCGCCCCGUCCCCGCCCGCCGCGGCAGCCCCGAGCGGGAGGCGGCGGAGGGAGGCGGGAGCCAUGCGGGAGUACAAGGUGGUGGUGCUGGGCUCGGGCGGCGUGGGCAAGUCCGCCCUCACCGUGCAGUUCGUGACCGGCUCCUUCAUCGAGAAGUAUGACCCCACCAUCGAGGACUUCUACCGCAAGGAGAUCGAGGUGGACUCGUCCCCGUCCGUGCUGGAGAUCCUGGACACGGCGGGCACCGAGCAGUUCGCCUCCAUGCGGGACCUCUACAUCAAGAACGGGCAGGGCUUCAUCCUGGUGUACAGCCUGGUGAACCAGCAGAGCUUCCAGGACAUCAAGCCCAUGCGGGACCAGAUCAUCCGCGUCAAGAGGUACGAGCGGGUGCCCAUGAUCCUGGUGGGCAACAAGGUGGACCUGGAGGGCGAGCGCGAGGUCUCCUUCGGGGAGGGCAAAGCGCUGGCCGAGGAGUGGAGCUGCCCCUUCAUGGAGACCUCGGCCAAAAACAAAGCGUCCGUGGACGAGCUGUUCGCCGAGAUCGUCAGGCAGAUGAACUACGCGGCGCAGCCCAACGGGGACGAGCCGUGCUGCGCCUCCUGCGCCAUCCUCUGAGGGCGGCGGCGGCCCCGCGCCCGGCGGGCACGCUCGGGGAGACGGCAAAACCUUCAUCGUGGUGGAAAUGUGGCUUUUCUCGGCGUCUACGUUUCGUCCAGUCUCGGUCAUGGCAUGUUUCCUGUCAGUGUCGGCGGCGGCCGCGGGAGCAGCCGGUGCCGCCGCCCGGGGAGCGGAACCACGCGGGGAGCGCGCCCCGGGACAGCCCCGGGACAGCCCCGGGACAGCCACGGGGAGCCCGGCCGGGAGCGGGGCCCGCACCCGGGACAGCCCCGGGAUAGCCCCGGGACAGCCGCGGGGAGCCCGGCCGGGAGCGGAGCCCGCACCCCCGGGCCAGCGGGACCCGCACCCCCGGCACAGCGGAGCCCGUACCCCCGGGACAGCGGAGCCCGCAUCCCCGAGCCGGUGGGAUCCGCACCCCGGGACAGCGGAGCCCGUACCCCCGGGACAGCGGGACCCGCACCCCCGGGACAGCGGAGCCCGCACCCCCGGGACAGCGGAGCCCGCACCCCCGGGCCGGUGGGACCCGCACCCCCGGCCCAGCGGAGCCCGCACCCCGGGAGCGGGGCCCGCACCGGCGCCGCUCGCCGCGGUCUCUAUGCAAGCGGGAGCGGUGCGGGGCCGUCCCGCCCGGAGAGUUGCACAUGGAACCGGGACUGGGACCCGAUGGUGCUGCCGGGCACGGGGCGCCGGCAGCGCCGCCGAUGUCCCUGCGAUAAUUGCUCUAUUUUGUUUACUGCUGUAUCGGAUGGGAGUUUGCAGGAGAGUGCUAGCGUGGUGGUUUUUCUCCUGGUUUUAUUUGUUUGUUUUUGGUUUUUUUUCUAAAUCAGCUGUGAAAAUGUUACAAAUCUGCACAAUUUUUUAGGUGUGCGUGUGUGUGUGAUUUCGUUGUGGUUUUGGUUUUUCCUUUGGCGGGGAGGGGGGGGUGGUGCUGUUUUUGCCGCGGGGUUUUGGAUUUGGGUUGGCAAUACCUGAUUUUGAUGACUAGCUCUCUCAAGUGCAAAGACUUCCCAUGAGCGAUGCAGGGCCAACAGCAGCCCUGUGUCUGUAGAGUGCCUUCAAAACUCAGCUGUUCCAGCCGGUGCCAACCUGUGAAAGCUCCACAGAAUCCCAUUAUCUACUACUCCAAAAACUACUUAACAGUUUCCUUGCAGUAAUCACACCGAGCAAGCCAGGACAAAAGGGCCUAUUGUUGGUGGAAUUUAUUUCUUAUUUCCAUCUGAGCCUUUUAACUGUUAUUUCCAUGUCUUGCAAGUUUGGGCUUCAUUUACUUCAAAUUUACAAGAAUUUAGCCUUUUGGGAUUUUUGGGUGGGGGGAUUUUUUUUUUUUUGGUUCUAUUUCCCUUUGAUUUUGUUUUUGUCAUGGGAUGUGCCUCCAGCCAGCAAAGAAGGAAAUCUUCUCGUUGUGAUGUACCAAGAAAACUCUAACAACUGUCAUUUUAACUGCAGACAUGCAUUGAAAAGAUGUCUGUCCAUUUGAAGAAUUUUAAUACAAAUGCUGUUUUUUAGAAGACAACUUUGUGCAUUGUUAUGUAUCACAUGAAACACUGACUUUCACACAGGCUCUUAAUCCAGAUUUAUAUCUCAGUAGCAGUGAAAAGUGGAGGGGUCGCUUUAGCUAAGAACAGUGGUGAGAAAAGGCAAACCACAGGAUUGCUGUUUUACCUGAUAUUUAGCCAUUUUUGAUGCAGGUUUUUGCUCGUGUUUGGGUCCUGGCCCAGUGCUGCCGAGCUGUGGGAAGCAGGCUGUGCUCAGAGGCAGCCUUAGGAAGGCAGUGUGGCCUUCCUGCAAUGGCCCUGUCAGAUCAGGCCCUUUUCCCCUCCUGGAAGCAGUGGUUUAUUGGGGUGAAGUGCUAAAGGUCAGUUAUUUAUGAAAUUCAAACUUUUGGUCUCAUUGCAUUAUCACUUUAAAAUGAUAACCAGACCUUUUUGUUUUCUGGUUUGCAGAGGGGCUGGGCUGGGAGGAGACCUGUGCCUCCCCUGAGCUGGGAGGUCCAAGAGCUUCUUUACCUGUUCUCUUUGCCCCUUCUUUAAAGGUCUGCACACAAAACCUGCAGCUCUGUUUUUCCUUCUCCCCCCUGUCCCAAGAAGUCUUGAAAUUAUCUUACAUCUCAAAAACAAAGGUUGAGCAAUGUGUAAAGGGGUUUUUAAUCAGGCCAGCUGAAAAGUGACUGCCACGAUUCCUCUGUGAUUCUGGUAAUUUCUCCUUUUUAAGCAGGAGAAUUUUGUGCCUCAGCGCUGGGAGAGCAGUGUGUAGUGCCAGUUUGAUGCAGUUUUGAAAUGAAAAUUCCAUUUGUGCUUUAGUCACAAUUGGAUACUUUUUGCAGUAACAUCAAGGAUGUGCUGCAGAUGUUUGAGCUUGUGUGCUCAGGGUGUUUCUCCUGCCCAGUUUGGGGCAGCAGUGGGGCUGUGCCAGCCUCAGGGACAGCCCCAGUGAAGAGCAGAGGAGGAGGAGGCAGCCCCAGCGCUGGGGCCUCGCUGCUGCCCGGGAUAGACACAUCACUUCACCCCCGUGUUUAGGGGAAACUUGAAAACCUCACUGCAGCUCAUCUUCCAGGAAUUCCUGAAGGUUCCUUAGAAGCCAGAGGACUCCCAUGCUGGGAAGACAGGGGAAUGACACUGACAGAAGGGGUUUCUUUUAACCCAAGUGUACUGCAUUGAAAGCCGAGGAAGCUUGGCUGCUGCCACAUCUGCAGCUGGCAAACUGCAUGUCUGAUGUUAAAAAAAAUAAAUGUACAUCUCAGUUACUGCCAUGGUUCAAUUUUGCCUUAAGUUCAAUGGGAAUGUACAGUUUUUAGCACCCACCAGGCCUUGAUCAGUGCACUGACAGCAACUUGAUGUGGUUGAUAAAAGCAGGUAUUUCUUGUGCCCUCCCAGGAGCCAGCAGAUCCCUCACGUUCCCCAGUGCCUGAGGAACAAAGCAGAAGUGGGUGUUUGUAGCACACAAAGUCCAGCUUUGCUCGGCCUGGCAGAGCAGCUGGGGGCAGCCAGCUGAGCUCUGUGUUGUGCUGGGCCUUCCAGUGGUACAUUCUGGGUUUGGCCAAAAAGCUGCAUUUCUUAAACAGUGGAGCAUUUAAGCAGCCGUGGCACUGUCUGAUCAGGGUUUUGAAUGUAUUUAGGCAUUCCGUGUUCUCUGUGACUGCUGAGGACAGUACGAAAUGUAGAGCUCAGUGGUCUGAUCUUCCAAAUACUCUGAAGUGUUUUGGUGCUUGUCAAACAUAGGCCUUGUCUAUAAAAAGUCUGAAAAAAAUCAUCCUGCUUUAACUUGACUGAGUGAUGAAAGCUAUAUUAGCUUCGACACUUGAGGGAAAUGUUGUAUCAAUAUAAAGGUACUCUUUAUUCCUUUUCCCUGUGGGAAUAUGUUGCACCCGUGUCAAUACAGAGGUGGUAUAUCACUCUUUUCACAGUGAGAAUUGCAAAUAUUUACUUGUUUUGGAAGAAAAAUUACAUUCCCAGCCAAAAUACUUCCUGACAUCGCAGAAGUUGUGUAAACAAGGCCUUGGUUUAAGGCUGGUCUUGUGACCACAUAUUUUGCUGUACAUAAUGAUUGUAUUUUUAAAAAUCCGAGCUUGUUCUGUGGCAAGAAGUGUCUGCAGCCGGUGUCUGUGACUGUGACCUGUGCUCAGCCCCGGCCAGAGCUGCGUGCUGCUCACCCACGCUCGGGAUUCCUGCUCGGAUGGUGCUGGAGCUGCUCUGGAACUCUGUGCCUGUGGGAUCCUGGUGGUUCUGCUUCUCUCGAAAGAAUGUACGGCGAGCUGUUUGCGAAGGGCAUUUUAAAUAAAGGGCAGCUGGCUCUUUAUGACUUCCUCACUUGGGUACUCAUUGUGUGCAGGUGUUGUUGGGGCUCAGAUUUCCUCCAGGAGUGACAAAAUGCAGAAACGUGCACGUUCUGUCAGGAUUCCGUGCUGAAAGGGGUGGCACGGGUGCCUGGGGUGCGUGGGGAGCAGCUGGGGCUCUGCUGCCAUCAGAGGCUCUGUCCCUGCCCAGGUCUGUGCCCCUGGGCAGAGCUGCUCCUGGUCUGCUGAGAUCUGAGACCUGCUCUGGAAGCAAACCGAGCAGAUGAGCUCAGAUCCAAGGGGAAAUGGUUUUAAAUAUUGAUAUUCACAGCUUACAGCCUGUUCCUACAGUGUUCCCAGCCUCGUGCAAAAUGUGUGUGUCCAAGACUCUCCCUCCUGUCAUUGCUGCAGCAGUGUUGGAGAACCUCCUCCUUGCAGGAAUCCAGCAUCUGCCCAAACUGCAGAACUCUGUGUCUGGGGCUGACAGGCUUUGGUAGCCAUGUGUGCAGCAGAUGAGAGGGAUGUGAGAACAAACUUUCCUUGCAAAAGGCAAAAGACAUUCAAGUGAGUUGUAGUGACAAGAAAUGGAGUGCAAGUGUAUUGCUGGGGCUGUAUGUGUUGGGGUUUUGGGCUUUUUUGUUGAUUUUGUGUUUUAAUUUGUGUUGAGUUUGUUAGUCUGUCAUCAGAAAUCCUGCUGUGUUUCCCAAGGAAGAGUCAGCGUGUGUGUGUGUGACCUGACUUCACUGGAACCAGAAUUCCUCCCUUUCCACAGAUGUUCUCACCUCAGUGACCUCAGUUCUGGUGCAUUCCUGUGGGACAGUCAUUAUGGUGCUGAAGGAGCCCCAGCAAAACCUGGUCGAGGAUGAUGAGCAGAGGUGUUCCUGCAGAAAGCUCCAGAGCAGUUUUCUCUGGGGCUCUUUUAAAUUUCUGCAGGGUACAACUGCUGCAGCCGACACCGGGGCUGCUUUGCUGCUGUCCGUGCCAGAGGUGCAUCUUGUGCACAAAGCAAGAGCUCAAAUCCUCAAUCUGCACCACCAGCGAGUCCCAGAUCCUGCCUAAACCACUGUAAAAUUGGAAGUCAGUUAACCAUUGCAAGUCAUUCGAGUAAAUCUUAAAAUAUUGAAAGCA